CAUGGGCAUUAGCUGUGCAGCAAACUAAGAGGAACUUUAUUUGAAAACUUGUCUAUGUAGACGAAGUCCAGCAUGCAAUUUCUCUCCCAGCAUAUCCCAGCAGCUCGGUGGGGCGCACACCUGGCUUGUGUAUUCAUCAUGAUCACCUUCUCUGGACCAGCUUCACCCCUUCACGCCCCUCCAGUGGCCACAGGUCUCCGCUCUGCUUUCUCCGCCACACAAACCAACAGUGUAGUGGGAGGCAAGCAGAAGGCCGUGACCUUCAACAGGCUCAUGGUCAACAUCGGAGGGGAUUUCAGUCCAGACACCGGUCACUUCCGCUGCCGCAUCCCUGGGGCUUACUACUUCUCCUUCUCUGUGGGGAAAUUUCCAAAGAAAAUGCUCUCUGUGAUACUGGUGAAGAAUGGAGAGGAGGUGCAGGCUAUAGCGUACGAUGACUACAGAAAGAAAGGGAGGAAAGUUCAAAGCCAAAGCGUCAUGAUCAGUCUGAAGGAGAUGGACACAGUGUGGCUGCGUCUACAGCAGAGUCCUCAGUAUGCUCUGUACAGCAAUGCUGGCCCUUACAUCAGUUUCUCUGGCUACCUCGUCUAUCCUGACGUCUCCCCAACCGGCUUCAUCAGCAACCACCUGUCCCCAUCAGGGCUGUCCUAUCCAAACUGCCCCCCUCAGGCUGACCCCUCGGCCAGAGGUCAGACGUCAGAGCAGCCACGGUCUGCCUUCUCUGUGGCGCGGACCUCCACAUUCAUAGGUCAGAGUAUUAGGCAACAGGAGAAGCCACCUCUGACCUUUGAUGUGGAAUACGUUAACAUCGGGGGGCAUUUCAACAAAACCUCAGGCCUGUUCACCUGCCACUUCCCGGGAGCUUACUUCUUCGCCUUCACUGUGGGGAAACACCCUCGUAAGGCUGUGUCUGUGAAGCUGAUGACUGGGAAGGGCGAGGUGCAGGCGAUGGUGUUCGAUGAGGACACUUCAAAGAGAAGAGAGAUGCAAAGUCAGAGCUUGCUGCUGGCUCUCCGCCGCGGUGACAAAGUGUGGCUGUACAGUCAGCAGGAUGAGCGUUACGCUGUCUACAGCAACCAGGGGAGGUACACCACCUUUUCUGGUUUCCUGGUUUAUCAUGAAGCAGAAACAGUCAGCUCUGAAUCUAUUAACCCUUCAUAACCCCAUCUGUUGUUAUUGUAGAAAAUCUGUAGAUCAUUUCUAUGUUGAUGGAGCAGAAGAAUAAUUAAUCUGUGGUCAGUAUAGUGUAACUACUUAAUACAUUUUCUUUACAGUAACUCCAGGGAUAGUUGUUGCCGAAUGACACCACAAGAUGGUGCUAUGAUACAGUUAUUGACACUAACAACAUGUAACGUGGUUAUUUUUGUCCUUUAAGUGCAAUUAGCUGUAAGACAUUACAAAAAAUGUGUCUAUAUAACAACUUGUAGAUUAAAUGGCAAAUUUGGGUUUUGUUAAAAGAUUAAUUUACUUUUAAAAUUCUUUGUACUUAGAUGUUACAAAAAGUGUUUUUUUACAUGUAAAAAUGAUGACUGCAUGGCAUGGAAUACUAUGUAAAUGAUGUAUAGUUUAUUAAAACCUACUGACUGUAAAAAUAAAAUUUAGAAUACAUCAUGGUCAUGUAGUGAUGACAGGCUUAUUGUGUAACUUUUAUACUGUAGAUAUAUCUGUAUCUGUUUGAUGUUUUACAUUCAAUAGAAAAAUAAACAAAUUCAUACACUUAAAUAAAUUUAAAAGGUGUUGUGUCUCCUAAUGUUAAUAUGAUGCAGCUCACUGUCACUCACUCACUCACUGUCAUUUAAAUGUAUGUUGUCUGCACAAACGUUGAUCCUCACUACAACUAUUACUACUACUACUGCUG